AUGCUUCCUGCCGAGAGUGUUGCGAGCACGCCGCAGUUGACACGCAAGAUUUCCAGGAGGUCGAUCUCGAAGCACUCGCAGCCUUUCAAGGACGACCCUGAUGCGCUGGAGUGGCUUCGACGCAAGCUGAAUCCGGAAUGGGAGAUCGAUGUUCGCGGAGAGCUUGACGACGGCGACGAUGGAAUUGAAGAGCUCUUGAAGGAAUUGCGGGCCAGUAAGGGAAUAAGCACUCUGCAGGAGUACCGGUUCCUCAGCACAUUGAAUCCGCAACUUGAGAAGUUCGAUUACCAGGUCAACUACGAGAAGUUUGCCAACUUCCAGUCGGAAAUAAAAAACACAAGAACAUAUCUCAAGCCUCUAUUCGAUUACCUCCAAAACUUUGAGCAAAACAUCAACAAGCUAUCUCAGGAAAUGGAAUUUCUUCAAAAACGAUCUGAUGUGCUGAACUCGCAGAUAAAAAGCAAGCAGGAGCUAGAUACAAGGUUGACUCCAGUCAUUAACGAUUUAAUUAUCCCUCCCACCAUAAUAAAUUCCAUAGUAGACGACAAGAUAGACGAAAAGUGGGUGGAAAACAUAACGUUCCUCACCGAAAAGAGAGAAAUCUACUCCAAGUACUCUUCCGGGAACCAGCCAAAGUGUCUUCCAGAGCUCACAAAACUGCUGGAUAUGAUGGAGUUGAAAGUUGUCGAAAGAAUCAGAGACUACCUGAUCAAGCAAAUUAAAGCUUUAAGAAAACAGACGGUCUCAUCGCAGGUGGUUCAGAGCGAGAUGCUCGAGGUGAAGGAGAUUUUUACCUAUUUGCAGGAAAAGAAUCCCAACUUGAGUAAUGAUCUCUGUCAGGCAUACUGUCAUACCAUGCGUUGGUACUAUUAUCAGAAUUUUGCUAAAUAUUGCUCGUCAUUAGAGAGACUGAGAAUACACAGGGUUGAAAACAACGUCCUGCUUGGGUCCCUCGAUGAAGAGGGAGGCCCUUCUGGGGCCGGAUCGUUUUUCGGAUACUCUAACCAGAAACAUGAGGUCACCCCUAGCGAGUAUUUGAUUGGUUUGACAAAAAGACUGGAGUCGCUGAGCAAGUUUGAUGAGACGGUCAUGCCCGCUCAAAUAGCCGAAACUAACAACGCAAAAUACUGGCUCGAAACUGCGUUUAGAAAUUUCAAUGUUGCACUUUUGGACAACGUCUGUGUUGAGUACCUAUUUAUGAGCGAAUUUUUCAACCUGACCAAGAGCGAGCAAUUGGAUGACAUUUUCAAGACAAUUUUCAGCCCGGUGUACCAAAUUGGACACAGCUUCACCAAAUAUCUUACCUCCAACACUUACGAUUACUUUGGGGUGCUCAUAGCUAUUCGUCUGACCCAGCAGCUGGAAUACGAAUUGCAGCAUAGACGCAUACCAGUGAUGGAAGACUAUCUGAACUAUCAGCUGAUUAUUCUCUGGCCAAGAUUUCAAAAACUGAUAGACCAAAAUUGUAUGAAUAUCAAGAAAAGCGUAUCGUCCUCUGUGAUACUCAAGAGCAUCAAUAAAAGCAUAAUGAUUCCGCUAGGCCUAACCCAGAACUUCGGGCGUGUACUGCUCGCCUUGCUUAGCCUUUCUCAUAACGUGAUAGAGCAGGAAACGUCAGAGCCGCUGACAAAUUCCAUUGUCCGCCUUCGAAACGAGUUUGAAAACACACUAAUGAAGAUGAGCUCAACGCUAGAUCCGAAAAAGAGAGAGUUAUUUCUUUACAGCAAUUUCUCCCUUGUCCUCACUAUUCUGGGCGAGUUGGAGGAAUCCAACAAACCUGGGAUGGACGAAGUGGCACACUUUAGAAAUCUGGUAGAUGCGUACGCAAGUAGGGAAUAA